GUAACCGGCCCAGCGGGGACUGCCUGGUUAGGAUACGUGGGCAUUGCUUGAUUGGACAGGGUGUGAUGCUUUGGUUUUAGGUCCAGCUGUAUUUCAAAGUCUGCCAACUUCUGCUUCAACGACCUACUACAGAAGGAACAGUCACGGGAUAAUCCUAUUGUUCCAGUCCCACUUGAACUUGAUCCUACAGCUUUUAACUUAUUAAUCAGGGAAAAUGUUCACUUCAAACAUGUCUCUGGGACUCAACAGAAACAUUGUCUCAGGUUAGAAAGCCGAAAAUUCCAACGAACAAACCAGCCUUACUGGACGAAUUGAGUCCCAUGAAGGAUGUCAGUGUCGGCCGGUUGCUGGAAUCUCUACUAACGAGGUAACUGGGGAAAUGGAUGAAAACCACAUUUUGUGCCGCCUGCAGGAUCUAAAUGAGCAAGUUUCGAUGCUGCGGCUUAAACUGAGCAAUUUCGAAGCAACAAAAGUGGAACAGAGGCGCAUGAUCUGUCCCUUGGAAAGUAACUUAGACACUUUUGUCGAUAAACUCAAAGAAACUAGAGAUUGUGGACCACGGAACCCAAACCAUCUACAGGAUCAAUUGAAUGUCCUGAAAUCCUAUACGUCUCCCACAGCUGCAUUUAAAAAGCUGAAAGAAUUUUUGGUGGAGGAUUUAGAACAAAUUCUAUCGCACGAACGGCAAAUAGAGGAUGCUAUCUGUAGCACAACUUCGGUACCAUCUUUAGCCUGUACAAAUUGUCCAUCAUCCAUGACCCUCGAACAAGAAGAUAUAGUCUCCGCCGUGAAGCGGCUCGCCAAGAUGACCUUAUCUAUACAUACUGAACGGGAGGACCUGCAAAAACGGCUUGAAGAAGCCAGGGCUAACCACGAAGCGGAGCUUGUACAUAUUAAGGAGAGCAUGCAGAAUGAGAUGAGGUGCCGAAUAGAAGAUGCAAUAAAGAAAUGCAACGAGGAAAAUGCGAAGAAGUUGAGGGAGACUCUGGAGCAGAUUGUACAGUUGGAAAACAGCCGGCAUGAACAACUGGCUGCAGUGAAGCAGGCCAUCAUUGAACAACUUGAAUGCAAGCUGAAAGAAACUAACCAGUUGUUAGUGGAACAACAAGAGAACCUAGAGGUUGAACGUCAAACUACACGGAGAAAAUCGAACGAAGCGGUUGACUUACAGCAGAAGCUAAUUACUACAACCUCAGAACUCGAUGCGUUACGUGCCCAGGUAAAGGGGUUACAGGAGGAAGCUGCUCGAGUUCGAAGGGAAACCGAAGAUUUAUGUGAGAAACGUUGGAGAAAGGAAAUGGAUUCGUACCGGGAGCAGGUGAAGCAACAUGCGAGAACCAUCUGCGUUAUGGAGGAACGCCUUGUCAAACUCGCCCAACAAGCAAAGGAUGCUAAAGAGAAUGCGCAAAUCCUGAAACGCCAGAACGCCGAACUUCAAGCAGUGCACAACCAACUCAUCAGCCAAUUCAAGCGAAAUACACACGAGUCUAGAUCGGUUGACGAAGCCCACCAUCCGACAAUGCAAGGGCUAACGUGCGGAAACCUUGUGGCUGCCAUACAUGAUCAGGCCACAAUGCGAAAGGAGAUAUCUGAUUUAAAAGAAGUGCUCGAAAAGCGGGACAAAACUAUCGAGGAACUGCAGGCUAAUCUGCGCAGUUCAAACGCGCGACUAAGCGACUUAAAAGGGGAACUCACUGAAUCUCAGAAGGAAGAGAUGGAAGCAGCUGUGGAUUAUGGAAGAAAAUCCGCUGCAGAACUGAACACUGUUCGUAGACAACUGCAACAAAUGAAUGGGGUGGCUGAUGGGCUUCGAAGACAGUUGGUUGAGAAAGGUGAAGAAAUAAGAAUAACGCAAGCGGCAGUAGGAACUCUCAAGCAACGGUUGGCGGAACGAGAUGAAAAAAUCAUUGAGUUGAGCGAACGCUUGGCUUCGCAGAGUCAGAAGCAGACCCAGACCUUGGAUACGAAGAGCAUGGACGCCAAAAUUUUGGAAGAACUUGCAGUUCUUGGUGACAUAUGUCAAUGUGAAAGACACCUAGAGAUAAUCGAAAAACAGCGCGAAGCUCUGAACCGCCUAAGACAGCAUCUUCGGUCUCGACCAGAUACAGUGACGGAGGAUAGGAUUCAUGCCACCCUGGAACCCAUUCAUCAUCCUGAAAUCCCUAAAGCCCGGGAUCGAAACGCCAUUCCUGACGUACUUCACUGUAUGAGGAGAUCGCAGUUAUUCAGUGUGCCUGACUGCGGAGAUUACCUUGAAUCCGGCACUUGGCAGAACCCACAAGUGAAAGCGGAUGCAGCAAAUAAAGAUGACAAGGGGUGUACCAUGGAUACCCUACAUGACAUUGUGUCAAUUCACGAAAUAGAGACGGACAAGCUGGACCACAGAAAAGAACACCAAGAUGUUAGCAAGAGCCAUACAAUACAGAAAGACCGGAAGGAACGCGGAAUCAAUGCAAUGAGAAGAAAGUCGCUGAAGCAACGUUCCUAAAACAGGAGGCUUUAGACAAAGCGGAAGAACCGAUUGAACAUACCUAACUGGCAAAUGUGGUGGACAUUCGUGACGGGCAGGAACACACACAGUUAAACUGUAGAUUCGCAGGGGCUCAAUGGAAACGCUUUUUGGACAUUCUCGCCAAACAAUCAAGAUUUUCUGCAAUCAUUCACAUAAAGAACUGCACACAAACCUUGUUUUUUCCCAUUAAGUUUGGCAAGAUUGAUAUGAAGAAAUGCUGGUUCAGGAAGUGACGGAUUAUAUACUUAAUAAGCGGGCUGGACCCACGCCAGUUCACAAGGAUUGUAACACCUUAAGACCACCUUUAAAGUGGUACUGGAGAUCACCAGCAUAUCGUCAAAAUUAGCGUUUGUUGAACAGCACUAUCUAUCU